AUGUCUUUAAAAUACAAUAUAGUUUUAGUGUGGGCUAUUUGUUUGUCGUGCAAAGUGGUUUUGACUGGUUGUGAAGUGGUUUUGGUGAAUCGAAAUGUCACAGACAGCUUCCGUGUUGGGAAUGAUGGUUGUAAGAAUAAUGCCAGUGACAGUGUUUGUACAAGUUUAGCAACAUGUCAGUCUGAUGGCUCGUGUUUGUGCCGUGGCAGUAAACCCAACUUCAGAAAUCCUAAUAUAACAGUUGAUGGUGGGCUAAAGUAUGAUGAUUCAUAUGGCUGUGUAAGCAGUGAACAUUUACGCUUUGGAGUUGGUAAGUAGUGUUUUGUUUUAUGUACUCACAGCUUACGAAUCAUAUACAAGUGUACGAAUUGUGCAACAUGUCAAUCUGACAGCGGUCUGUGAUUUAUGCAUUGUUUAUGAACCUGACUUUCGAAACUAUAUACAGUAGUGAUGAUAAAGCUUUUGCCUGUUUAUGCAGUAAUAGUAUUAUAAUUUCAACUUUACAAUGGAUUAUUUAAGAUUGUUUCAUAGUCAUCCUGUACCAAUAGUUUCAUAAUAUUUAUUCUGAUGAUGCCGAAACAACGAAAAUUCCGUUGGCUCGAACGGGAUUCGAACUCAUAUCUUCGGGCAUCUGCAGCAGACCGUCGCUCUACCCAUUGCACUGUCGAGUUAAUGGGGAUUGGUAGCGAGUCUUAUCCAAUUUAAUUGCACGAAAUAUUUUCGCGACAGCUUAAUUAACACUUGGGUAGAGCGGAGUUUAAAAAAGACGAAUUAUAUUAUGUGUAAGCCUUGUUAAAGUUCUUGAUCAAAACACGUCAAUUAGUGUACUUUAAAAACUUAUGCAGUUAUAUUUUACAAAUUUCCCAUAUUCAAUAGACACUUCCGGAAUUUACUUGAGUGCAAACGGAAAAUAGCUUGAAAUUGAGGCGGACAAUGUCAUCCAAUGUAAAUAAGUAGUUUUCAUUGCCUACCAAAAAAUUCGAAGGUCUAUUCAAUUCAUUUUAUCUUUUGAUAAAAACACUUCGACAUUCCGAGCGGAGAUGGUUCAUCUCCGAAAGCGUUGAGGUGUUUUAAUCGAAAGUGCACCAUAGAAUCUGAUGUCAUGCUGUGUUGAGGAGUUUAAUCAAAAGUUGCCACAGAAUGUGUUGUCAUGCUGUUUUGCUUUAAAAGUAAAGUGUUUAUAAAUGCAAAUAAGAUUGAAAUGUUUUAUAAUACACAAAAUGUCAGGUAUGGACUGAUCCGUCUUCGUAUUGGAUCUCUUAAAAUUCGUGUUUAUUCGCCUAAUGGUUAUUGGUAUUCGAUAAAUAUGUAUUUAAAAUACACAGAGGUGUUAGUGUGGGUUAUUUGUUUGUGUUGCAAGUGGUUCUGUGAUUUGUGCAGCGUUUAUGAACCUAAAUUUCGAAAUCCUACUACAACAUCUACGGAAAAAAGCUUAUAGCUGUUUAAACAACCUCGUAUCCAGGCUCUUUCCACUACGCUCUUCCAGCGAGGAGCGUAGUGGAAAGAGCCUGGGUACGAGGCUACUGUUUAAGCGGUGAUAGUAAACUUGUUUCAUAAUCAUCUUGUACCAUUACUCACCAGGUUUUACACUGCAGAGAACAACAAAAAAAUAUUUGUCUCGAGUGGGACUGAACUCAUAUCUUCGAAUUUCUGGACGUCGCUCUACUCCGUGAGGUAUCGGGUCAACGGGGAUUGGAAGAAGAACGGUGUAGAAAAUGGAAGAUGCUAGUUCGAAUCACGCUCGAGACAAAAUCAUAGUUCUCUGCAGUAUCAGAUAAAUAUGAAACUAGUUUUUCAUAAAUAUCUGUAAGGUUGGCUUUGAAAAAGAACUGUAUCAUUAGUUAGUUAAAUUGGUUAUCACAUGUUAUGCCAUUACCGGAAAUUAGCUAGCGACAAAAUGGCCACAGCAAGUGUGCUAAUUUGCAUAUAUGAACCAUAUAUAGUGCACUUUAAUUUUUAACAGAUAAUAGAUAGGGUAAAAUAUUUAACUCUAAAUUAUGAGCAACCUAAGAUAUUGGCUACUGCUUGCCGACCUCAAUAUAAAGCAGUCAUUUUCUAAAGCUUUAGUAGCAUAUUUAUUCAGAUAGGAUAUUUACUGCAGCAGCGCCCAAUUCGUAUUGAAAAUAAUGAUCUUUCAAACGACUACGAUCGUUUGGUUAAUUGGCAUUUCUCACGGCCGAUUUGUUCGCCAUUUUUGCGAUACUCCUUCUCCACGUUUGAGAGAGUCUGCCCCACGAAAUACAACUUUUUAGUAUUGUAGUUGUUUGUAUAAUGGUAAAUUUACUGUACAGUUACAACUUUUAAAAAGUCUAUUUUCACGUUGUUUGCAUUGUCUAGAAUCUUUCACGAGGGCAGACAGUACCCCCAAAAUGGCGGAUUUUGGCAUUCGUGAGAAAAACUAAUUAAAUUAAACUGCGGUACGAGUUGCUUUGCAUGGGAUUUUUAAAGCUGUUUGAUGAAAAAGUCAAGAGUUGAAAAGUAUUCUUUACCAUGAAUAAUUAUGAAGGUCUUGGUGUUCAGUUUACAACCCAAUUCCAAUAACUACUCGACAUUAAAUUUUAUUGUUAAUAGAGCCCUAGAGGCUCAAACACGGACAAAAAUUAUGAGACGGUAGAUAAUUUUUAUUUGGCCGCCCAUCAUCUGCCGUAAUUACUAGGGCUAUAAGAUCGUCAACGUUAGGUUUUGCUAACUUCUCCCGGAAUGCUUGAGCAAAAGCUUUUCUAGAUCUAUUAAGGCGGGGACGCGCCGUUUUUUCAAAUUUAUUUUGUCCAUUCAGCUCAAAUAGUCAAUCUUAUUUCGUAUUUUAUUUAAAAAUAGGAUUUGUCAAUUAUUGUGAAUUCGGCCCUUUUCAACUUAUACCAUCCAGCCACCAAGAUUCAACCACGACAUUCACUGAUAUCAACAAUCAAAACGUAGACUCCAAGAGAUGUGCCUUACAGAAAGCCUGGGUAAAGUUCCCAGACAACGCUGCAGAAAUGGAGCUGCAAUGGUUGAAUCAUUCUUACGUUGACUUGACAGUCUUUAACGCAACGUUGGAUUUUAGGGUAUGGAGAUUUACCUUCAUGUUUCUUUUCCUUUAACUUUGUUCAAAAUAAGUUCGUUUUUCUUGUUCCAGUGGAAAAGAUCAGUUCCAGAUCUACGAGGCACGAUCAUUACGUUGCAUCUCGCCUGUAUCCUGGAAUAUUCGGGCUCAGCCACAUUUGUCUCAAAAUGCCUACGAGCAAAGGUUCUUGGGACAUGGUCAGCAGGUACAGUGCUUUUAAAUACACAAUGUAUACAUGGAAGGAAAAUCUCCAAAAUUCGUUUCUAACAUGUGUGUAAAGUCGCGUUUACACUGCGAGAUAUGUAAAUGAAUUAACUUUCGCUACAAGGCGCCCAAAAGCACUUGCAAGAAUGCGCAAAUUGAACGCAUUCCCAAACUGAUUAUUUUUAAGAUUGUAACUACUUACCCACUGUAGAUCUCAAUCCGCCGUUAUCUUCCUCUUUAGUUAUACGUACAUUUAUAACUACGUAUGCAAUAUAAGUACAAAACUUCAUUUGAUUUAGACGCUGUCUCUGUUCCGACUGAGCCAACAGUUACAGCAACCUCCAGCCAACCUAAAUCUUCACAGAUAACAACAGAAGCAACUUCGUCUGUAACAGUAACAACAGCAGAAUCAAGUAUGUUUUGUAAAUAGUUUCUUUAUUUUCAUUCCAAGGUCAUCGUCAGAAAAAUAUGAUUGCAAUAUACCAUAUAUUUAUAGUAUAUCUGGCCGUGUUAAGUAUAGCUUGUGAUUCGUCUUUAUUCAAACGUUCACAUUUUUUAGUUAUCUAAUUAUAUAAAAACACGAAUAAUGUUUGUUGAGAAAAAUGAACAUUAAGUUUAAAUAAUAAGUUCUUUGAAUGUUUGCUUGGCGAUAAAAUAUAAUUGUUUUUGUUUGUGGAAAACAUCACGUAAAUUUAUUACUGCAAAGCUUUCGAUCCGUAAGCCCGGAUCUUCAUCAGUGCUAAUAAUAUUAUAUAUAUAUAUAUAUAUAUAUAUAUAUAUAUAUAUAUAUAUAUAUAUAUAUAUAUAUAUAUAUAUAUAUAUAUAUAUAUAUAUAUAUAUAUAUAUAUAUAUAUAUAUAUAUAUAUAUAUAUAUAUAUAUAUAUAUACAUAUUAUUAGCACUGAUGAAGACCGGGCUUACGGAUCGAAAGCUUUGCAGUAAUAAAUUUACAUGGUGUUUUCCACAAACAAAAACAAUUAAGUUUAAAUAAGUCAGCAGGAUUUUUUAUCAGAUGUACAAGCUCAUAAUUUCCUUUGUGUUUUCUUAUCAACUAGUAAUGAGAAUUACAAGACAUUUUGGACUUUGUUUGUCCAAGUACAAGAGUUAUUAAGUUCUAGGUCAGAAUUUAACACAAUCUUGUAUCCAGGGGCGGCGCUAACCCUCUUUGAGUGGGAGGGGGGGUGAGUAAUCUUUUGGCGACUGUUGUUUGGUAAUUUUGCCGAGUCGUUAACCUAUAGUAUAAAUGUGCAUGUUUAAAUGCGCUUUAUUAUCCUCUAUUAAGCCAGUUUUCCACAGUUCCAAAUGGUUCCAGUUGAGAGACCAAAGACAAAUGAAAAAUUCGCUUCGCGCGAAAAAAUUCGCAAGUGGAAAACCGGCUUAAAGCUGGUUUUCCACUAUCGAAUUUCUCAGCGCGAAGCGACCAUUUUCAUUUGUCGGCAUCCAUUUUGCCGCCCUCAAAAACCGUCAAAAUUGAGGUCGGCAAAAAAGGGCCGACCUAGAUCUGACCUAGGUCGGCACGUCUCGGCAUUUCUUAAAACGUCUCGGCAUUUCUUUCACGUCUUGGAACAUUAUUAAUCACGCAUUUACGAAUCAUUGAAAUCGGAAUAUAACUGGAACGUUACCUCCAGCCGGAAAAUUCGAAAGUUGAAGCCAUGGCAAAUUUUAACUCCAGACGCGCAAAAUUUGAUCUUCAGACACCUAACGUAUAUACGCAAUUUUAAACCUUACACCGUAGUGUGACGUGUUCAGUUAAUCCAACUACGACGCUAACUUUUAACAGCUGUCAGCACCAAAAAAAUUCUUACUUUGGUUGAAUUAAGGUCGGCAAAUUUUUGCCGACCUUGGAGGUUGAUAGGUCGGCAAUUUAUAGGUUAGCAUUGUCGAAUGCCGACCUCGUUUUCGAGGACUGAUUUCGCCACAUCUUGCUGACGUAAUAAGUGAUACCGACAAAGGGAAAAAGUCGCUUCGUGCGAGAAAAUUCGCUAGUGGAAAACCGACUUUAUUGCCUCUUUUAUAGAACAGAAUAAUAAGCAACAACAACAACCAAACAAAUUUAAUUACCUAAUUAUGAUGUCAAUAAUAUUAUGUUUUUGGACUGAAAGAACUGAAGAUACUGUAUUCGAAAGAAUUUGCAUUACUGCAUGUGUGGUUUCUUUGAUGCAUGCUAUUCGUGCUAUUCGGUUUGAAUUCAAUUAUUCAGAAAGUCAAUUUUGGUUUCUUCAGUGGUUAUCUUUAGCCAUGCAAUCCAGUUUUGCCGACUGAGAUAACAAUUUGCCGAUUUGCUGACGAGUGGGGGGUGUUCCACCCCCCACAAUCCCCCUGUAGCGCCGCCCCUGCUUGAAUCUCUAAUAGAAUUGGCAGGAAAAAUUAAAUAUAUUAUUCCAUGUUUUAGAAUCAACCGCCAGCGCCAGUUUGGAUGAUGAGAGCCCAGACUUGAGCAAAGUGUUUAUUGCCUUAUUUUCUAUUUCUCUUGUUGUUAUUCUUGCUCUUGGAAUUGUUGUUGUGUUUCUGUGGAAGAAAAUGCAGAGGUCAGUGAAAGUUGCUUUUAUCCCUUACUGUGUUUUGGCAUGUCCAUCGUCAGAGUUCUCUGAUAUUUAAGUCUUCUCUUAAACGGUCUAUUCGUUUUCACCCUUGCUCUGUUCCCUUUAUCUUCAGCUCCAUAAUAUGUAUGAUCGGCUGUGCUUGGUCAUUUUAUACCACAUUUAUACAAUCUUAACCUUGCUUUCCUCACUUUCUCUGCAAUGUCUACCACACCACAUCUUCCGAUUUCUGCAUUCCAUAAUGUCUAUGAUCGGCUCUCGUUCAUCUCUUCUUAUUACGUGUCCAUCUCAUCUCAACCUUGCUUCCUUGCUUCCCUCUCCUUCUCUGCAAUGUCUACCACACCAGAUCUUCUGAUUUCUGCAUUCCAUAAUAUCUCUGACCAGCUCUCCUUCAUCUCUUCUUAUUACAUGUCCAUACCAUCUCAACCUUGCUUUCCUCACCUUCUCUGUAAUGCCUACCACCCCACAUCGUAUUCUAUAAUCUCUCUAUUCCAUAAUGCCUCUGACUUUUUUAAACUGGUCAUCGGUCUUUAGAACAGCUUUCUUUUGGAUAACUCCUGUUGUUUUUUAAAUCCAUCUGAUAUAUAUUCAAAUUUUUUCAUCCUUUCUUAGAAUGAAAGACAAUAAUUUGAGAAUGACAGGUAAUGUGAUUUUAACUUAGAAAAAAGCGAAACUUGCAAAACAUUAUAAGUACCUGUACGCAAGUAGAAAAAUGCAAGUUAAGAACUUUAAGAUAAAUUUGUAUAUCGCUCAUAAGACGAUUAAUAAUCCACAAAACUUUGUUAACGCCAUUUAUAAUUCCCUUUAUCCAACAACUCAACAAGUUCUGAAUAGGAAUGUUGAAAACACGAAAAAGAGUCCUGCCUAUCAGCCUAUCUAAACACAAAUCGGAUAGUCCAAUUUCGUGUACAAAGUAUUCCAAAUACUUGAUAAAUAUAAAAAUGCAAAAUAUUGAUGGACAGAGAAGAGCAACUACAGGAGAUGAUAUCGGCGCAUAGGACGAAGUAGUGACAAAGACUGGCAUACACAAUGACGUCGUAAUUUAUGACGAGUCCUUCCCGUCAUCGACACACAACAACAAUAAUGGAGGUUUGUCUGGUAAAUUUGGAAACAAAUUCAAUUUAUGUGCCUUUCACACUGGCAUCCUAUUCCUGCAAGUAGACUGAUAAUAAUUAUGACUCACGUGUGAAAUCAUGGAUGAAAAAAUGGUUGCAGUUUGACUCUACCAAACACCACAUAAUUUCUCCGGGUACUCUAAUUUCUUCCUGUACUAGAAUACCGGGGGCAUAGGAAACGAUGUUUUUAUGUGGAGAAAUAAACUUAGACGAAAACGUUGGUAAGACACUUAACAAGAUAUUGUAUUACUGGACCUCUAUGUGGUAUUAAUAAAGUUAGUUUAGUUUAGGUUUUCUCCUGUAGUAACACUGGAUCAAUAAGAGAUUGCUCUUGCUGGAGUUUUAGGGAAACGAGUUUAGAGCACCUGUUAAGUUGAAUAGAUAUGUCUAUGACUACCAGAAAGGCGAUUUCGAAAGUCUACGCUCGAAUUUGCAGAAUAUUGAAUUUUCCAACAUCGUGGAAAGUAAUACUGAUGUAAACAGAGCCUGGUUGGAAUGGAAAGAAAGGUAUAUAGCCGUAGUACGUAACUUUAUUCCUUUGAGAAAGAUAAAAGGCAAGCGCUCACCACCAUGGAUAAGCGGACAUAUAUUUUAUAUGAUUCGAAAGAAGGAAACGUUACGUAAAAAGCUGAGAAGUUCGUCUUCAAGUUUCUUGAUUGCCAAAUUCAAGCAACUACGGUUGGCAGUUAAACGUUUGAUAAGCGAAAGCCGAGCCAGAUACUUUGAGUCGCUGGAACAAGAUAUUCAGUCAAAUCCGAAAAGAUUCUGGUCUGCCUUCAAACUCUCCAAUAAAGCGAGCAGUGUUCCUCAACAAGUGUCAAUACCAUCAACUAUCCACGACACGGACACUGGUAAACCUGUUCGGAAAUUAGUUUCCAGCCCGGUUGAGAUUGCUGAAGCCUUCAACAAUCACUUUACAUCCAUAUUCUCCAGUGAUACAGUCGAACCUCGCCUACAAUUAACACCUACCAGUGGGCCGGAAUUUUCCGAAAUUUCUCUCUCUCCUUGCGAAGUAGUCUCCGCCCUUCGUUCACUUGAUGUUACUAAAGCAACUGGACCUGACGAGAUCUCUGCAAGACUUUUGAAAGAAACGGCUGACCAAAUUGCACCAUCACUAACUUUACUAUACAAUCAGUCGCUUCACUCAGGCGUGUUUCCAGAUGAGUGGAAGCUGGCAAACAUUGUUCCGGUGUUCAAGAAAGAAAUCAAGGAAUAUGUAGAGAACUAUCGUCCAAUAUCCCUGCUAACCAUCAUAUCAAAAGUACUUGAACGGUGUGUUCUGGUCAGUCUACGGGAUCACCUCUUGCAAAUGUUACACCGAGCGCAACAUGGUUUUAUUCCCGGCAGAUCCUGUGUCACCCAAUUGGUCGAAGUUCUCAACUACAUUGGCUCGUUGCUGGAUUCUGGUCUGCAAACUGAUGUGAUAUACCUAGAUAUGUCUAAAGCCUUUGAUAAGGUUCAACAUUCUCUCAUCAUUUCCAGAUUGCGGCAAUUUAAUAUCUCCGGUAGUUUGCUGAGCUGGUUCACCUCUUAUCUGAAUGGCCGAAGACAACGAGUGACAGUACUUGGUGCAACAUCUCAAGAACGAGAGGUAACGUCGGGAGUUCCCCAGGGCUCUAUCCUAGGGCCAGUACUUUUCCUACUAUACGUGAACGACCUACCCAAGGCUGUGUUGUCAUCAAAAGUGGCUUGUUUUGCUGAUGACACGAAAGUCCUGAAGAGAGUUGAAAGUCAACAAGAUAACGUUGAUCUUCAAAGUGACAUCAACAACCUCAAUUCUUGGGCCGCACUCAAUGGGUUGACGUUCAAUGAUACGAAAUGUAAGUGUCAGCGCAUCACGAGGAGAAAAACACCUUCAAGUUAUCCAUACGCCAUGAAUGGCUCAAUACUUGGUGCCGUGAAGCAGGAGAAAGACCUUGGUGUGUGGAUUGAUAGUGACUUGACCUGGAACAAGCAAGUUGUUGAACAGAGCUCAAAAGCAAACAAACUUUUGGGUUUUAUCAAGAGAGCAUGUAAGGAGAUAAGAAACCCCAGAACAAGAAGAUGCCUGUUCCUAGCGAUUGCACGACCUCAUCUCGGCUACGCCACGCAGAUUUGGGCUCCUCAGACGAUCGAUCUGAUUAAACGGGUAGAACGAGUUCAGCGCCGUGCAUCCAAAUUUAUUCUAAAUCUUCCAUACGAUUGUCAGACCAACUACAAGAAUCGACUUAAAGCAAGCAAGUUAUUACCGCUUAGUUUCUGGCACGAAUAUUUAGACCUCGUGUUCUUAUUCAAGAUGAUGAAUGGUUUGGUGCAUGUUAGCGAUGACAUUAUUCCAGAAAGGAAUGUUGGGAAAACGAGAAGAACAAGAGCCACGAGCAACCCAGAAAGCAUCUUGCUCCGUGAGACGAAAUGCAGAACGGUGACAUUUCAACGCUCGUUCAUCAACAGAUCGACCAGGAUAUGGAACAUUCUGCCUGAUGAACUGAGACAUCAAUCUUUAAGCUUAGUCAAAUUUAAAUCUUUAUUACUCGAUUAUUACCGUACUGCUUUAAAUCUAGUCUAUGAUCACGAUAAUCCACGGACAUGGAAAUCUAUCUGCCUAAAGUGCAACAAGGCUCGAAGUCUGGAUAGUCCAAUCUCUUGUUGUUUUUAGCGAGUUUGAGAUUUGGCUUUCGCCGCCACUACCUCUCGCUGACCUGAUGUGCAUGUAAUUGGUUAGCUCGAUAAACUAUAAUAUUGUUGGUAGCGGUAGUGGCGGUGGAAGUCGAACCUUGUUCUUGCUAUGUAUUGCAUUGCAUUGCAUUGCCAUUGUAUUGCAUUGCACUGCAUUGCAUAAUAUUCAGUAUUGUUCUGUGCGAUGUAGUUUUGUUUUGCGAUAUGUUGUUUUGUGUCGUAUUCCUAAAAUUUAGCAAUUUUUAAAGGGCCCACAGUAAUUGGUGUAUACUGUUGGGGUGUCCCUACCACUUGUUUGUUGUAAGUGGCGAAGUUUAAUAAAUAAAUAAAUAAAUAAAUAGAACUGAUAGAGCAAUAGUAUCCAGUAUAAAUAAAGUUAGUUUAGUUUAGCUUUCCUCGUGUGGUAACAUUGGAUCAAUAAGAGAUGACUCUCACUGGGCCUCUAGGGAGAACAGUUAAGAACUGAUAGAUGUAUCCAGUAUUAAUAAAGUUUGUUUAGUAGCUAUGUGCUUUUCUUUAUUUAUAGGUCAUAUAUACGAAGAGCCAUCGAACUAUGAGCCUCUGAGGAGAAAUCCGUUACAAGAUCAGAACGAUGAACAUGACUAUCAAAGUCUGACGACAUCACAGAAAGGAAAAUAG